AUGUCAUUCAUCACGUAUCUCAGGUUAACCAUUCCUCCCGUUCCUGCUGCACACAAAGCCUUCCGUGGAGUCCACGUCUAUGGUCCUCCCUGUGUGGGGGUGCUGGACCAUGACAAAUGUUUAUCAGAUGAAUUAGGGAAGAAUGCAGACAGUGUGAUCUUUGAGGAUCUCACCUUGCUUGCAUCUCCAGCUACUCCCCGACCUCCAUACUGUGCUUGGUCACGCACUGAAGUCCUACAGGUGCACUCGGGGGUCUCUCGGCUUCCUUCCGCCCUCUGCCAGGCUCUCUUCACUCUUACCCCUCUUCUGCUCGCUCAAAAAUAUGCAAAUGCACAUAGUUACACCUCAGAAAGUGCCCUACUAACACCUUCAGUCAAUCCCUUAUCUGACUACCAACUCCACCCCUCACUCCCCAGUCCCCAAAAACUUCUUUCAUUUUGCUGCCUGAUGAUGGGGAACAUUCGUGUAGCAGUGCCACUCUGUUCUAACGCCUGGCUCACAGAUGAGGAAAUUAGAGAAGGAGGUGGCAGUGUGGUACCCCAUCACUCAGCUCUUUAUCCAUCAGGGAGAUGUCAGUGGAGGCUUUUCACCUCACCUGACCUUUCAUCCCCACACCCCAGCAACCCUGGCAGUAUUUCAGCUACAUGUCCUGGUCUUGAAGUGGUAGCCUUAUGUAGAAGGUGUCUUAUUGGGUCCAGUGGCACAGUCCCCCUGUCUCCAGAGCCGGGUGCCCCAGGGUUAUUCCCCGGGUGGGCUCCUGUCGUGGUUGGGCUGUGA